AUGGACAUCCGUGUCCUCAGCAGCGCGGACCUCCCGCUCAUCCAGCACGCCAACCUGGAGAACCUCCCCGAAAACUACUUCCUCAAAUACUACCUGUACCAUGCGCUGUCAUGGCCGCAACUAAGCUACGUCGCCGUGGACAUGAGCCGGCCGCCCAAGGGGCCCUACGACUACCCCAAGAUUGUGGGCUACGUGCUGGCCAAGAUGGAGGAGGAGCCGACCGACGGCGUGCAGCACGGCCACAUCACGAGCUUGAGCGUCAUGAGGACACACCGGCGGCUGGGCAUUGCGGAGAAGCUCAUGAGGCAGAGCCAACAGGCAAUGGUCGAGACCUUCCAGGCAAAGUACGUCUCGCUGCACGUGCGCGUCUCCAACGUCGCCGCUCGCCAUCUGUACGAGGACACGCUGGGCUUCAAGAACGAAAAGGUGGAGGCAAAGUACUACGCUGACGGGGAAGAUGCGUUUUGCAUGCGUCUGGACCUGGACGAGAUUAAGAAGCAGAUUGAUGACGCGGAGAGGGAGACCAACGGCACGGACGGGGUGGACGAGGGCGAGGCCGUGGGCGAGGUUGGGCGGGAUCCGGCGAAGAACAAGGAUGACAAGGAGGGGAGGAAGAUCAAGGUCGCGGUGGGGAGGAGUUUAGGUGUAGGCGCGUUGGUGGAGAAGGAUGAGAGCAAGCAUUAG